AAUGUUACAACUUGAACAAUGAGUCAUGACCUUCUUCUUCAAUAUAGUUGAUGUUGGUACUAUUGCUGCCUUUAUAAUAUGGACGACCAAAAAUCCUUCAUGGAAUGAAAAGAAACGACACUGUCAGCGUCUAUUUUUAAUGCAGUUGGGUUAUGAUCUUGUUGAACCUCACAUAGAUCGACGACAACAACAACCACAAGCACUUCAAAGAGACGUUCGAAUAGCUAUGCAAGCAAUUUGA